AUGCUCGUUCGGUUCGCGUGGAUCCUCUCGUCGGUUGCGUCCUUUUUGCCGUGCAUCUGGUGUCGGGAACUGCUGCCCGAGUUCUGUUUGGCGUCUGCACCGACUUUUCAGAUAGGGCCAAGGGGCCUGCUGUCAUGGCAGGUGGCGGUGCUCGCGCACGAGGAAGCAGAGAGGAAAUAUCACUUCCGGUGUGUGGGGAUUGCGCUGACCACGAAGUUCGUUUUGACGGCGGCUCACUGCGUGCACGAUCACGUUCUCAAGGAUCUUAGAGUGUAUGCGGGUCCGCUGCGUCUCAAGCGGCAAAAGCAUCAUUCCGAGUCGGAUUUUCUGCAGAUAGAGAACGUUAACGUGUAUUCGGGAUUCUCCGCAUACGUCGCGGCGACGGGGAACAACCUGGCGGUGAUACGGCUCCGUUCCCCGGGCCUGCAAUUCGUCUUCGGGAACCUGGAACCGGCCUGCCUCCCCGAUCCGGGCUUCUCGAUCUCGCCUCACAGCUCCUGCGUCGUCUCGGGCUGGGACUUCGUCGAGCACCACGACCACAACAAGGUCUACGAGUCCCUGGAAGCCUCGCUGGUCCGCGUGAUCGCCCCAGACGAGUGCGACCGCAUCUCCUCUGGUGCCAGCCGGGGAAAGAUCUGCUCCACGGAGAAUGCCGGGUCCGUCUGCGAGGCGGAUGCCGGGGGGCCUCUCGUCUGCAUGGCGGAUGGGGAGGUGUUUAUUGCGGGGGUCGUCGAUGAUCAUCUGGGACGGUGUACUCAUAAUGGGCUUCCGACUCUCUACACGAAGCUGGAGAAAUUUAGGGAGUGGAUCGUGUACGUGAUGAAGCAGAUGUCAGGUAUUCAACCGAGCUUGGGUGUUCCUAAUCCUUCGGGUGCUUCUCAUCCUCCGGGUGCUUCUCAUCCUCCGGGUGCUUCUCAUCCUCCGGGUGCUUCUCACCCUUCAUCUUCCCCUUCAUCUUCUCAAACGGCACUCCUCCCGCUCGAGUGCGGGCGACGACACGCGACGCCAUCGACGUCUUUCCCUUGGGUGGAGGGGCCCCUACAGGUGACCAGCGGGACCUCGCAUCCCUGGCAUGCUCAGAUCAUCCGGUACGUGUCGGAGCUCGGGAAGUACGUCCAACACUGCAACGGGGCGAUCGUGGGGGCCAAUUACGUGCUGACCGCGGCCGGGUGCGUCAAGAAUCAUUCUGCUAGGAAACUCAUGGUCGUCGUGGGGAAUGUGGACAACGUGGACUCCCACGAACGCGGGGAACAGAUCUUGCAGAUCGAGAACGUCAAUUUCCACCCGGAGUACGGAUGGACGGACGGGAGGGAGAACGAUAUCGCGGUUCUGCGCGUGAGGACGAGGGAUCGCAAACCGAUCGCGUUUGGGAAUACCGUGCAACCGGUUUGCUUACCGGACGUCGAUCACGAGAUGCCUGCGGAUGGGGUGUGCACAGUCACGGGGUGGUUCUUGAACACCCCGAACACGACCGACAUCGAAAUUGGCUGGUCACCGAGAUAUCUGAAGGCGUCUCGUCUCCCGCUGGUCGCGUGCCCCGUGGAAUCCGAGGACUCUGUGUGCGCCGGGACUGGGGUGGGUGCACCCUGCGACGGAGACUUGGGUGCACCAUUGACGUGCGACGUGGAUCGCGGGUCGUUCCUGGUGGGACUGGCCUCGGAGGGCACCGCCGACUGCAACAGCCCCACGGUUUUCACCCGGAUCUCCUAUUACCGCGCCUGGAUCGAACAAGCCAUGAGGGCCAUGGCGUUCGUCACCCGAAACCACGCAUCCGAGACGCGAGAGGACCUGCCCUCGGUGAACGCACUGCUCCCGAGUCGGUGCGGGGAGUCGCUCCCCGCCAAAGGCGGGUACCUCCCCCGACCCCUGGUCUUCGAGGAGACGCAGGUCACCCAGCGAGGGAUGCAUCCCUGGCAUGUCGCGAUCCGGCAGUACGACGCGGUGAAAGGCGGAUUCACGCAUCUCUGCGGCGGCGUCGUCGUCGCCGAGCGGUACGUCCUCACCACGGCGCACUGCGUGCAUCACCAGGCCAUCAGGAAUCUGGAGGUCGUGGUCGGAAGCAUCGACGGGGCCGAUUUCCAGGAGCCGGAGGAGCAGACUUUGGCGGUGGAGAAGUUCGACAUCUAUCACAAGUUUAUCGGCAGAGGCGGAACGCUGGACAAUGACAUCGCCGUGCUCCGAGUCCGCAACGCCCGCACCGGCGGGGGCAUCGUAUUCGGCGACGAAGUGCAGCCGGUCUGUCUCCCGGCGAGCGGGUCGGCGGUCCCGCCCGGCACCGAAUGUGUCAUCUCGGGGUGGAGGCUCUCCAGCUCCGGGGACGCGUCCGGCGCCCAUCGGUUCCUGCGCGACGGACGCGUGCGGAUCCUCGACGACGAGGACUGCUCGGAGAGGACCGAAUACACCAACCUGGCCGGGAAGUUGUGCGCGGGGGACGGGUCUCAGAGCCCGUGCCUGGGAGACAGCGGCAGUCCGCUCGCGUGCCGCGUGGACGGGCGCGAGACGGUCGUCGGGCUGGUCAGCUUCUCCGUCGGUGGGUGUGGCCGAAAGGGGAUCCCGUCCAUCUACACCAAAGUGGCGGAUUAUCGAUCGUGGAUCGAGAGUUCCAUCGUCGCCAUGGAGCACAGCGCUCGGCAACGAAAGAGAUGAGAUCGGUGGGACGUUUCUCGGACCGAAAAUCUUGCCUCUCAGCCUGCCGGGCGUCUCGAUUGCGUUUCGGAAAUGCAUGUUUGGGUCAUGCAGGACGUGGUUGGGAAUCCGGUGCUUUCGUUUGGAUGCAACGGUAACCCAUUUUCAUCUGUUUGGUAACUGAAAAAGCAGAGAACCCAUCUGUCAAAGGUAUCAAUGAUAUUUUCUGGAAUAGGUGCUCGUUGGAAAAAAAAAAUAAAAAUAAGAAAACAAAA